UAUUCCUGGGAUUGUUUGUAUGACGAUCAAAUUAGUGGUGAGAGACGGUCAACACAGUGAUUGCACACUUGAUCACAGCAGUCCUACUCUUCUCCAUACAGAGGGGCUAUGAGACUGAGAAGGAGCUUCUUUGACAGCCAGUUAAUACUUGUCCUCAACAUCGUCACAAACUAUGCCUGGCUGCUGCCAUCGCCGUGGGGAAUUUCCAUGGAGUCUGUAAAUAUGAGGCACUUGCUCAAGUGGCGCCGUCAACAGUCUCCUUGCAGUUCUGUCAUCUACUCUGUGCAGUUCCAGGGGGAAUUUGAGCUGAGGAUCUUGAAUGGAAGUUGGGAGGACGCGGUUGGUUGUCAGCGGGUCACACGGACGGAGUGCGACCUGACCUUUGACCUUGGUUCUGACUCAGACUACAACAUCCGUGUGCGGGCAGAGUGCGGAAGGCGUGUGUCACCGUGGGCUGAGCUCGGGAGGCCAUUCAACAGGAGAGAGACAAUCCUGACGGUGCCAGCUAUGACUGUGACCACCAUGGGUGAUGCCCUUCAGGUGACUUUCAUAGGCCUUCCCCUGACCGUGGGAGUGACUGUGACUAUCUGGAAGAGAGGCGAGUUGGUCAGGGGCAAGUCCUCCUUGCGUGUGAUCACAGUGCAACAGAAUCCGCUCCACAUCGGCGCCCUGCAGGAGGGAGCAGUGUACUGCGUCAAAGCCCAGGCCCAUCUGGACACCCACAGCAAAAGCAGCAGCACUGACACACAGUGUGUCUCCAUCACAGGUCCUGGACCUACCUGGCUUAAGCCCACAACAGUGACUGUUAUCGUGGUGAUAUUAGCCGGCCUGGUGUUUUGUCUCUCUUGGUCAGUAACCCACUGUAGGCCAGAGGCCUGCUUCGCCUAUUUCCGCAAGGAGCCACAGCCCACUGCACUGCUCCUUGAUUGGCCGCUCACAAGAGUCAAGAUCUAUCACCAAGAUGAGCUUCGUGAGCCAAUCCAUGCCGUCCUUUUAAGUGAACUGAGAACUGAGCCAUCCAGUCAAUUGGAUAAGUGGACACAAUCUAUAUGUUCAGAAGGAACAGACAGACCAUAUCAAGUUUGAUUGAUACUGUAGGUUAAUAAGAAUGGUCAGAAGUGACGAGUCUGGAUUGGAGAAGUCAGGAGGCCGGCAGUUGUUCGGAGGGAGACAGAAGGGUCCUGUGUGGCUCAGUUGGUUAGGGCAGUGAUGCUUGUAACUCCAGGGUUGUGGGUUUGAUUCACAUGGGGGACCAGUAUGAAAAGUGAAUGCACUCACCUCUGUAAGUCUGCUAAAUGACAGAUGUCAAUGUACAAUUUAGUAUUUGUGUUGUAGAUAAGUCAGAGAUGAAUAUGGGUGAGUCUCCAAAUUUAGUAACUUUAUUUACAACAUGAUAUGUUCUAAUUCAAUCUAAGACAAUAACAAAGUCAUUGUUUAUAUACUAUUUCUAUUAACAGGUGGCUAUUCCAAACCAUGACUCCGAUAUAAAGCGAUGAAUGAUUUUAGUCAUUUUUAUUUCAGUAGACCAUUUUGAUUUGUUUUAUCGAAAGAUACCGAUCUGAUUAUUACUUCUUUAAAAGAAAAGUGAUCUCACUACCGUAAUACACACACUAAAAGCCUGUAGAAUGAAUGUACACCCCUACAAAUAUCACCAGGCGAUGGGAUUGCACCCCUCUACGUGGCCACGUAGUCUAAUUGCAAAGAUUUUGGAGAAAAUUAGUGAGCAGGUUAGUAAAUCUUCAUGUAUUUUCAAGAAGUGUCACUUACCUAUCUAAUAUAUCAACACAUAUGUCAAGUACGGUUUUGGGACAAAAAUAUACAGUAUGUUUGCUGGGAUGUACAUCUCUCCAAAUGAAAGAUCGCCCUCCAUAUGUUAGCUAUGGGGAUUCUUUAUUAAAGUCCAAAGUAAGUCAAAAUUGUCACAACCCAAACAAUUGACACCAGUAGUGAUGCUGUGCGUCAGCUGUUCGUUCACCUGCACCCGCCCGCAAUUGCUAAUAACCCUUCUGCAACCGACAGCCUAUAUGUGAUAAAUGUACCUUUUUAGAUAGGCCUAUGUUUCUGCUUAUAAUGUUAGACAUUUUUGUAUGCAUUUUGUGAGUCAACUUGUCUAUCUGUAGAUACAUGCAGCUUCUCCUCUAUCAUUACUUGUUGCCCUAGAAGGCGAAAUAAACCCUGCCUUUCAAGCACACCCUUCUCAUUAACCUGUGGUGAGUUAUUCACCGUUACUGAACAAUUUAAGUAUUGUAUGUAAGAUGGCUAAAUAAAGAGCAAAAUGAUUGAUUAUUAUUAUAAUUAUUAUUUGUGCC